AUGAGAUCGGAAUCAGUUUAUAAUGAAGAGAACAGAGAGGCGCCGAUUAACGAAGACAUGCUCCCGGAGAUGAUGUUUGCCGCCGGUGAAGAACCAAUCGGCGUUCGAGUACUAACCUACCAGUCUUCUAGGGCUCUGAAGUGCAUAGUUAAUAGUCUCGACGAGGAGGAGAAGAACAUCAUCCUGAAUUCCUCAUUUGGAAAAAUGUUGGAAAUCGCUGAGAAGCCAUUGUUUUCUGGAAGGUUUGCUGAGAAUAUAGGAGACAUGCAAUGGCCCAUCUAG